AUGUGUGAAACAAGUGUUGAAGAAGCAGAGUGCCACAGAGCAUAUGAUUUAGCUACUGAGGUUGCACUAAGAGAAGCUCAUGAAGAAGCAGUUCAAAAAUCAAUGGCUGCAUUUAAUGAUAGUGCUGUAGGAUCUGGUUCAACAAGGCAGAAGUUUGAAAAGCGUCUCCAGAACUUUCUAAAGAAAGCAUUUGAGGACUACAAAACAAAUGCUUUCAGGGAGGCAUAUUUACAAUGUUCAAAUGCUAUACAGAACAUGGAAAAGGAACUGAGAGCAGCUUGUCAUGCUUCUGAUGCCAAAGUAGAAAAUGUUCUUAAGAUUCUUGAUGAUCUUGUGACAAAUUAUGAGUCCUCAUAUCAUGGCCCAGACAAAUGGCGGAAGCUUACUGCAUUUUUAAGACAAAGUUUGGAAGGUCCAGUUAAUGAUCUCAUCAAGAAGCAAAUAGAUCAAAUUGGAUCAGAGAAGAGUUCCCUCAUGUUGAAGUGCUGUUCAAUUGAAGAUAAGAUGAGCUUGCUCAACAAGCAGUUGGAAGCUAGUGAAAAGUAUAAAUCUGAAUAUUUGAAGCGUUAUGAGGAUGCUAUUAAUGACAAGAAGAAGCUAGCUGAUGAUUACAUGAGCCGAAUAACAAAUUUGCAGAGUAAAAAUAGUUCACUGGAAGAAAGAUGUUCAAGCUUAUCGAAAACAUUAGAUGUUGCCAAACAGGAUUCCACAGAUUGGAAAAGAAAAUAUGAACAGAUUUUAUCAAAGCAGAAAGCUGAGGAAGACCAGGCAAGUUCAGAAAUUGCAAUUCUUAAGUCUAGGAGCAGUGCUGCUGAAGCAAGGUUGGCUGCUGCCAGGGAACAAGCUCAAUCAGCUCAAGAGGAGGCAGAGGAGUGGAAACGAAAGUAUGAUAUUGCUGUUAGGGAAGCAAAAGCUGCUCUUGAGAAGGCAGCAGCUGUUCAAGAGCGGACAAAUAAGCAAACUCAACUGAGAGAAGAUGCUUUGAGAGCAGAAUUUUCUAGCAGCUUGGCUGAAAAGGAAGAGGAAAUAAAGAACAAGGCUGCAAAGAUCGAGCAUGCUGAGCAGCGUUUGACAACUUUGAAUUUGGAAUUGAAGGGAUAUGAUGCAAUUAAAGACUUGACAGUUCCCUAUGAACUUUUAUCUGCUAGCUUGGAGAUAAGAGGAUGGGGGAUGGUGGCAAGUUUGCUGUGGAUGGCUGUUGAGCAUUUGAGCUGGGGAGUAAUGUUAGGGGUUGGGGCUAGUUUUCAACGUGAACGAUUUCUUACUGCCCUUGAGAGCAUAUUGUGGGUCAAGGGUGGAACUGGGUGGAUGUCUGGAGUCUUGACUACUUGUAGCUUUUUGUGGGCUGCUGAAUCAAAGAUAAAGAGCUAUGAUCUAGAAAUCUCAAGCUUGAAGCUCCAAAUCAAGGAGUUAGGUGAGAAGUUAGAAGGUACAAAUGCUAGUGCUCAAUCAUUUGAAAGAGAAGCCAGGAUACUUGAACAGGAGAAACUUCAUUUGGAGCAAAAAUACCGAUCCGAGUUCAAUCGUUUUGAGGAAGUCCAAGAGAGGUGCAGAACUGCCGAGAGAGAAGCCAAAAGGGCAGUCGAGUUGGCUGAUCAAGCACGAGCUGAGGCAGCUUCUGCUCAGAAGGAAAAGAAUGAGAUUCAGCGCCUAUCAAUGGAAAGGCUGGCCCAAAUUGAGAGGGCUGAGAGACAUAUCGAAAGUUUAGAGCGGCAGAAAAAUGAUCUGGCAAAUGAAGCUGAGAGGUACCGUGCAGCUGAGAUGGAUGCUGUAGCCAAAGUUUCAAUGCUGGAGGCAAGGGUUGAAGAAAGGGAGAAAGAAAUAGAGUCACUCCUAAAAUCUAACAACGAACAGAGGGCUAAUACAGUUCAAGUCCUUGAGAGUCUCUUGGAGACUGAAAGGGCAGCACGAGCAGAAGCAAACAACAGGGCAGAAGCUCUAUCUGUGCAGUUGCAAGCCACACAAGGGAAACUUGAUGCACUACAGCAAAAGUUGACUGAAGUUCGUCUUAAUGAAACAGCUUUGGAUAGUAAGUUGAAAACUGCUUCUCAUGGAAAACGAGCAAGGAUAGAUGACUAUGAUGUUGGAAUUGAGUCUAUUCAGGAUAUGGAUGUCAAUGACAAAGCAAAUAGAAACAAGAGGUCCCGGAGUACAACUAGCCCCUUGAAGUUCACUCAGGCUGAAGAUGGAGGUUCAGUGUUCAGGGGCGAAGAUGAUAAUAAUAGUCAACAAACUAAUACAGAAGAUUACACGAAGUUUACUGUUCAGAGACUUAAGCAAGAACUCACAAAGCAUAAUUUUGGUGCAGAGCUCCUUCAGCUGAAGAAUCCUAACAAGAAAGACAUUCUCUCUCUAUAUGAGAAAUGUAUCUUACAGAAGUCAUAA